GUGUCAGCUCCGCAGCAAUGGCGGGAGUGAGGAAAAAGCCUUCUGCCUCCACGUCUAUCCUACGGACGACGCUUCACUCGCUGUGGCAGGAUAAACAUUUAGUCCUGUUCAAGACGGAGUACACCUUUCUAGUGGUGUCCGUGUUGUGGCUUCUGGAGAUCGGCAUCAAUGUGUGGGUCAUUCAGAAAGUAGCAUACACUGAAAUUGACUGGAAAGCCUACAUGGAUGAAGUGGAAGGAGUCAUCAAUGGUACCUAUGACUACACCCAGCUUAAAGGAGACACAGGCCCCUUGGUGUAUCCAGCUGGCUUUGUGUACGUCUUCACUGCUCUGUACUACAUCACCAGCUCCGGGGCCAACAUCCGCUUGGGCCAGUAUAUUUUUGCGGUCUUCUACCUCAUCACGCUACUGUUGGUCUUCAGAGUAUACUGCCGCACCAAGAAGGUUCCUCCGUAUGUGUUCUUCUUUAUGUGUUGUGCCUCCUAUCGGAUCCACUCAAUCUUCGUGCUGCGUCUGUUCAACGACCCAGUGGCCAUGAUGCUGUUAUUCGCCGCUGUUAACUUCUUCAUUGAUGGUCACUGGUCCCUUGGCUGUGGCCUUUACAGUUUAGCAGUGUCUGUGAAAAUGAACGUGCUCCUCUUUGCACCUGGACUACUUUUCCUCCUGCUGUCCGAGUUCGGUCUAAUCAGGAUGAUCCCUAAACUUGCUCUUUGUGCAAACAUACAGCUCUUGUUGGGUUUGCCUUUCCUCCUGGAGAACCAUGUCGGCUACUUGAGUCGGGCUUUUGACCUGGGGCGUCAGUUUAUGUUCAAGUGGACGGUCAACUGGCGCUUCCUGCCUGAGUGGCUCUUCUUGAACCGCUACUUCCACUUCGUCUUGUUGGCAGCUCACCUGCUGACCCUGCUGCUCUUUGCUCUUCGUCGCUGGAAAAGGCAGGGAGAAAGCCCAUUUGAACUUUUCAAGGAACCUGGCAAGAGGAAAGUCCCAGCUCAGAAAACCACUGUCAACCAGAUCGUUCUCAUUCUGUUUACCUCCAACUUCAUUGGCAUGUGCUUCAGCCGCUCGUUGCAUUACCAAUUCUACGUGUGGUACUUCCACACGCUGCCCUACGUGCUGUGGAGUCGAGGAGUGAAAAAGAUGGCCCACCUCCUCAGGGUCCUGAUCUUGGGUCUUAUUGAGCUCUCGUGGAACACCUACCCCUCAACUUGCAGCAGCUCCAUAGCCCUCCACGUGUGUCACCUCAUCGUUCUGCUCUGUCUGUGGUUCGCUCCGCCACUGCACCCAGCAGGACCAGCUGAAACGCAGGCAAAAGCACCUGUCAAGGACAAAUGCCAAUGAGAUGUGGUACACGUAGGAGUGUAUUUGGGUGAAAGCUGCUGAGGCGCCAUCCACUCUCUGAACACCAGCAUAGAGAGACCGGCAAUGGGGUAGACUCUCAAGGAGCCAUUAUUGGAGUCUUAGCUUUGUGCUAAAAAAGUGAAGGAAGCUAAGGUAGGGUCCGGAGACAGCUGCACACAUGAUGAAACACGCAGUUGUUGCCACUAUGAAGAGAGGAAUGGUUUCUCCGGUUUUGUCACAAUACCAGUUAGUAUUUCAAUUAUCCAAAACAAUGAAUGCCCCGUGGAGAAUGAAGUGUGCUGAAAGCAAAAUACAUGUGUAUUAUCAAGAAAACACAUCAAGUAAUGUUGGUGUCACUGCAAGGCAAUACUGUUUGGUGGCACAUGACACAAUGAGGUGAUUUUCUAUUUAACACGAUGUGAUGAAACGUUGAGUAUGCAGCAAAUGUUGCAACCAUAUCCAAAUCAUGUAAUCACAACAUCAAGACUUACAAGUAUGUCAUCCAUUGUGAUAUUGAAAUGUGUCAUCUUCUAAUUUCAGUAGGUCUAUCUUUUAAACAACUUAUAUUUACAUAACACCCUUUGUUAGAAACACAGCAGCAUAGUGAGGUUUUCUCUCAAUAUUCCACAAAGCACCCAAUAAUGCAGGCCUGGGCAAUUAAUUUGACUCGGGGCGGUGGGGAGCAAAGUUUGAGAAAAAAAUGUGUCUGGGAGCCGGUAUAUCUGAUUUUUAGGAAGACUAACAAAACCUCACAAUAAUGUCUGAUUAAAAGCUAAAAACGGUAUGACAGACCGCCUGAAAAAACGGAAUGGAAUUUUAAUUUUUUUUUACUGUAUGAGACACCCAGAAUGUACAUGAAAAUAAAGAACGUGGGAUUUACAAUAUUAACUAUGAAGGAUAAAAUGAUUGAAUAUUGACAACAUAUGACCGUCACCUACCCUCUCCAUCGACAUAUUUUACAAUCAAGCGAAACGCAACAAAAAUGCAACAAACAGCGAAAUAUGAAUGCGAAGGGUAAAAAAAAAAACACCUACAAUCUGAUAUAUUACUAAGCUUUAGAACUUUGUUGUAAAAAUCUCCUUCCGCGUCUGUCCCUGACAGAAACGCUCCCCACCCACACUGCCUAGUGCCUCGUCUGAGCUGCUGUGACUUAGAUGACCAUAGUAACUAAUUAGAUUACCAUAGUAACUAGUAUAUCAUGCAAAAGCGCAGAUUCCAACCAUUGAAAUACUUUGUAUAGUUAAAGACUCACGGUCAUUUGAAAACAUUACUGCAUAUCAUAAUGGCAGCUACAGUUUCCAUCUUAAAGAUCUAAAAAAAAUUGGGAAUGUCCGGCGGGCCAGGUUGAAAAGCUUAACAGGCCGCGUGCGGCCUCCGGUCCUUAAUUUGCCCAGGUCUGCAAUAAUGUGUAGCAUGUGAGGAAUAAGCUCAACUCCUGUUAUAUAGUUACCUAGUACGAGUAGUGUAGGCCAGCUUCUUGUGACGAUGUCAUGUCCUGCUGUGGUGAACAUUUCACAGAUCAUCAGCACACACAGAAAAGUGAAAAAUGUGACGUUUUAUAAUAAAUAUAAAUGCUACUUACAA